UCUCCAGACCGUGGAGAAAAUGACAGAGUCACCAGACAGUCGGGCUAAAACUCUGAACUUUAAUAUCGGGGUGCUCGGCCAUGUGGACAGUGGGAAGACCUCGCUGGCCCGAGCGCUGAGCAGCACAGCCUCCACGGCCGCCUUCGACAAGAACCCGCAGUCCCGUGAAAGGGGCAUCACGCUGGACCUGGGCUUCUCUUCCUUCACCGUGGAUUGUCCUGAUCACCUGCGUGACGGCGGGGGACAGCAACCCUAUGACAGCCUCCAGUUCACCCUGGUGGACUGUCCGGGACACGCCUCUCUCAUUCGGACCAUCAUUGGAGGUGCGCAAAUCAUCGACCUGAUGAUGUUGGUGGUGGACGUUGUGAAAGGCGUGCAGACUCAGACUGCAGAGUGUCUGCUGAUAGGAGAACUGACCUGCCCCCGCAUGGUCGUCGUCCUGAACAAGAUCGACCUGCUGCCGCCUAACAAGAGACAAAGUGCCAUUGAGAAAAUGACCAAAAGGCUACACAAAACACUGGAGAGCACACGAUUCAAGGAAUGUCCGGUGAUUGCUGUGGCAGCGAAGCCUGGAGGCCCAGAGGCCCCUGAAACAGAGGAGCCACAGGGAGUGCCAGAGCUAAUUGAGCUUUUGAAGCAACAGACGUACCUCCCCAAGAGGGAUGCUAAAGGUGACCUUCUUAUGGCUGUGGAUCACUGCUUCUCCAUCCGCGGUCAGGGAACGGUCAUGACUGGGACCGUCCUGCAGGGAUCACUGGCCAUUAACGACACAGUGGAAAUCCCAGUGCUAAAGGUGACCAAGAAAAUAAAGUCGGUGCAGAUGUUUCGGAAGCCGGUGUCGGGGGCCAUGCAGGGGGACCGUGUGGGUGUGUGCGUGACACAGUUCGACCCUAAACUGCUGGAGCGCGGCUUGGUGUGCACUCCGGGUUCCCUGCGCACCCUCUACGCAGCCAUCAUCUCCACCAGGAAGAUCGGAUACUUUAAGGGUUCCCUCGCCACCCGGGCCAAGUUCCACAUCACGGUGGGUCACGAGACGGUCAUGGCGAAGGUGACCUUCUUUGGCUUACCCCCUGCUGACACCAAACCGACUCCGUCAGAGCCGUCCUCACUGGAAACGCCCUUCACCUUUGAGAGGGAGUAUUCCUACCAGGACGAGUACGUUAGCAGACAAAAAGAAGCGGCUUCGGGGCCCGACCCAGAACAGUGGGCUUUAUUGGAGUUUGAGCGUCCUGUCACAUGUCCCGCGCUCUGUCUGGUGAUCGGCUCCAAGCUGGACACGGAUAUCCACGCCAACGCGUGUCGGCUGGCCUUCCAAGGCCGCUUGCUGCACGGGUUUGAAGACAAAAGUUACGCCGAGACUUCUCUGCCUCAGCUACGCAUCUUCAAGACCAAACAUAAGGAGGGACAAGUGGAGAGGGUGACUGAUGAUUACUCUGUGAUCGGCCGCAGUCUGUUCAAAAAGGAGACCAACCUCCAGCUCUUUGUGGGGUUAAAGGUUACUCUGUCGACAGGGGAGAGUGGCGUUAUCGAGGGCGGGUUUGGACAGAGCGGGAAGUUCAAGAUCCGUAUUCAAGAGGGUCUUCGCCCGGAGACCAAGCAGCUGUUGUCCUCCUCCAAGAAGAAGGGGAAAAGCGGCAGCAAAGGCGAGCCGGCAGCCGAAGAGGAGCCCAAAAGAGAGUCCCAGCCUGUCGGCAUUCACCUGCAUUUCAAGAGAUACGUGUUUGAUCCCCAUAAGAAGAUGGCUCAGUCCUGACCCCUGCACGCUCCUCUGAUUCUUAGAAACAGGCCAUGAGAGCAGCUUCAGAGGUUUGGGAGCCUUUUUCUUUUUUCUGGAAGAUGGAGACAGUCUGCAGAAAUGCGAUGAUUGAGGAAUGUUGAGCACAUGUGAAACAGUGAUUGUUUUAUCUCUCUCUCUAAUCCUGUUUGCUCCACCACGAGAGGGGAAAGCUGCUCUUUCUUUUCAUGAUACACGACUUUCAUUUAAUGAUCCAAAUCUGCUGAUGUUUACUAAAUUUUACUUAUAAAAAAAUGAUAAUUUUGCAAUUCCUCUGUCUUGAUCGAUUAAAAUAAUCACUAGCAGAACUGCAGA